AUGCCCUCCCGCCGGGCACAACCCCCCCUCUCGGUCCGCUUGCCGGCGGCCAAUGCCCAGCCCGAACUGCCUCCCAUAGCUGCUCUUUUUCUCAUCGACUUCGACGUCAAGGCUGGAUACACGAUUGUCUGGAAGCAGGCUGCACCCGGGAUCGAGCUUGAGGGUCUUGUUGAGUACAAGAGUCUGCCAUCGGGCCUUCACACCGUUCCCGACGACUUGAUAUACUUUGUUCACGACGGGGAACAUGCUGGAUUGAGUGCAUUCAUCAACACGCCAUGUGAUGAAGAGGAGGCGCGCCACGCGCGCAUGAUUGCCGUCGGCGUUUUGGUCCCCCUCAGCUAUGGCCGCCUAGGCCGGGCAUGGCGGCAUGCCGAGGGCUUGAAAGGCAUUGCAUCAAAACUUGCCGAGGAUCGCAAGAAUACUGGUCUUCUUGAUGAAUACUGGGAGAAGAACAAGGCCAAGGGAGGGGCUGAGCAGGAACGGCCGGCGCUGGAGUCCCCAUCCAUCAGUUUCAGCGCCCAAGCUUCCCAGCCCAAAACGGCACAUCACAGCCGGAACCGCUCUGCGUCAGACGGCGCUUCAUUGCUGCCGUAUGGCCACCGGCUCUCCCCUUACCAUCCAGCCUGGAGCUUGACGGCACUCCUGGAUACCUUUGGACCGCUCAUUUUCCCCAUUCACAGGGCUGCUUUGCUGCGAAAGCGCAUAUUGAUCUCAUGCCACGCGCCGGUGCGUGAAAUCUGCAAUUUUGUAUACAACAUUUCCGUUCUCUCAAAUAUUCCCCACACGGUAACGGAGCUACUGGCUCCAACGUCAUCCUCGCAACGCUUGAGGCCCCUUUUCACCAUUGGAGUUCACGACAUCCCUUUCUUGAUGGAGGAUUUUGAGGCUUCGAAACGGCGGAAGGCUGGCGGCAACGACAACUUCGCAGAUGAGUCAGGUUCUGGCUGGAUCGCCUGCACAACCGACAGCAUUCUUGCCAUGAAAGACACCCUUUGGGAUAUGCUCAUAACCAUGCCCCCACCCUAUGCGCCCAACGCCAAGGAGAAGGUUUGGCCCACGGUUGAAUGCCCCCGCGGCGUGCCUGUCAAAGCAACACAACGGGAUUUGAGAAGGUUUCGUGCACUCAAGUCUGGUCUUGUCAGGCUGACAGCAACCACGCCAAAGCCAAUGACAGCGGAAAGCCCACGAUCAGACACAUCGCCAGGUGUCAAGCUUACGACUGACGUCUCUCCUACCCCGAGACUCGAGAAUGACAAGACCUUGGACAAGAUUGUCGAGCCGCCGAGCUGGACAGCGCUGGCAUACAGCGGGUUCAUGUGGUGGGCAAGCGCCGGUGAGCAGGCUCGCAGCGAAGAGCAGGAGGAGGCGGCCAACGAUGCGGCGUUGCUGGCAGAUCUUGGGUUGACGCCACAUACGCCGAGCAUGUCGAAACCCCCGAAAGCACGUUCCUCGGCACCGGGCGGCAUGGCCGACUCGAUCGCGUCCAUCACAUCCCGGCCUGCUGUAGGACCAGAUGACGAUGAAGCAAGAGCGGAGCUCGCUAUCAUUGCAUACUUUCAUCGAUUAACGGCGCAAAUGCUGACAGUGAUGGGGGAUCUUGUGGAGCGUUCGAGCGACUGCUACGAAGACGACGACGACGAGGGGGCCCCGGACUCGAACUAUGUUCUCCUCCUGUCCGACAGUGAGCCUGAGCGCAGCACCGUACGAGUUGGCAGCGAUACACUCGAGAGCAUGGGCCUUGAUGUCUGGGAUGCGCAUGAUGCCGAAUUCGUCAAGGAGCUCAUGGCCAAGUACUUUGAUCGUCAACCCUACAUUGAGGGUAAAGGGGUCGAGGUUUGCGGAGUCCGCGUCUGCUGA